AUGAAGCGGCUCGAUCUCCAAGGAAUUCGUGGAAUCGCAAUUCUCGCAGUACUACUAUUCCAUUAUUUCGGCGACACAUUCCCAAAUGGAUACAUUGGAGUCGACAUGUUUUUCGUGUUGUCCGGCUACCUGAUGACAAUGAUAUUGGGCUCAUCGAAAUCGCUGGAUUCGGCGUCGAUCCAACAAUUCUACUAUCGCCGAAUCAAACGAAUCGUGCCGCUCUUCAUGUUCACCAUAUUUGGUGCAACGCUUCUCGUCUUUCUAUUAUUCCCGCCAACGUUCAUCUCGAUCAAUUGCGAUUCGGCGUUCACUUCAAUGUUUCUCUAUCGAAAUUUGGCGCGACAUUCGGAUCGAAAUGAGUAUUUCAAAAUGUUGAAUCAAGCCGACGACAUCUUCACACAUACCUGGUCGUUGUCCGUCGAAAUGCAAUUCUACGUGCACGCGCCUCUUCUGCUCCUCGUCGCCUCCAAAUGCCACGACUACCGUAUCCUGUAUGCGAGUACGGUAUUCAUCGCGAGUCUCGCCUACCAUCUUCUCGCCGAUUCCGACACCUCGUUCAACAGCGUUUUCUGCCGAAUUUGGCAAUUCGUCGCCGGCUCGUUCGCGUUCAACAUCAGCGAAUACUUCAAAGAGCUUGAUGUGAAUCCGAAAAAUGAGUUCUUACUAUUGGAUCAAGAUGACCAUGACGACGAUGACUUGGAUAUUGAGCAAGCGAGCCCGAAACUCCGCGGACCAUCUCUUCCACGCCUGCCAUUCCAAACCGCUUUGUACAUUUCUCUAAUACUUCUUCUCAUAUUAUCAUUCUUUCCCGAAGAAUUGCCAUCGAAAAUUUUGCGGAUUACGUGCACACUCCUGACGGCUGUCAUAAUCACUGCGGGAACCCUUGUAGAUCAAAACCCAUUGAAUAAUCGACACCUGGUCUAUUUUGGCGAUAUCUCAUACGCCCUCUAUUUGGUGCAUUGGCCCUUAUACGUCUAUGUCAAAUUCACGUAUCCCGAUGAUCAUCGAGUGUUCACAUUCGCCGUGACAUUCUCGAUAAUUUUGGCGAUUCUCAUCUCGGAGACCUAUGAGAGAUUCUAUUUGAGUUUGGCGAAACCGGCGAUCGCGAUUCUCAUCAUUUCGCUGUACGCCUCAACAGCAUUUUUGAUCAUCAAUCAGGACGCCAUCGCCGACAAUUUGAAUCAGUGGAGGUACGGCGAGAUGGAGGCGAAAGUGCGCGAAUUCGACAACGCCGAUUUCGAGACGAACAAAUUCGCGAAUAUAAGUGUCGAAAAGGCGAUAAUAUUGAUGAAGAAAUGGGCGAAAGAUGAGCCGAAAAUGUUGAUAUUGCCCAAUUGUUUUCCGAAUCGCACCGAGCACGGAUUUUGCGAAUUUCAGAAUUCGACACUGAAAGGCACAUUAUUGACGUAUGUGAUUGGGAAUAGCUAUACGGCGAAUAUUGGCGAUUUGGUGCACGACCAACUGAUUUCGCCGCUUUCCGGCAAUAUCACUGAAGAUCGUGUGUAUCAGGAAGCGCUGAAAACGUUGCGAAUCUAUGAGACGAUGAUCAAAAAGAGGAUCUAUUUGUUGGACUCGGUGACGAUACCGAAAUCGCCGAAUUUGUCGAAAUACGCCGAGAGGCUCGAGGCGGGCGAAAGUGUGAAGCAGAACGAUUUCGUCGUCGACAUGUCCUACAAGAAUGGACGGAGGCGGCUGAGAGAGCUUGUCAAGAGAUGCUUGAAAUGCGAGCUCAUCAACAUCAGUCCGUAUUUUUACGAUGCGCACUCGGAAAAGUGUUUUGACGAAAAAACGAAGCUCGGCUAUUUUUUCAACGGCGGACACUUGACGCCGAUGGCGAAACAAAUGAUUUAUCCCGAAUUUCAACGGAUCGCAAAUGAUUUUGAAUACUAG